CGGACGAGCCGCCACGCGAGGAUUACGUCGGUCGUGGUAUCGGGAGGGCGAGAAGUGUUUGCUCAGGUACGUCGUCAAGGUACCGAUGCCUUGACUGAAACCUGUGACGCUACAGUGACGGGUCCUCUCCGUUAUCUUCGUCUUGUGAGAAAGCCUCAGUUCGUCGCGACGUUUACGUCGACGCUGACCACGUGGUGGGAUUAAAAUACCAGAAAGCGCGGGGCAGUGGGAUCAUACCUUCUCCGUGGGAUCCACACGUGCUACCUCGGACAGUGAGGGAUCACACAGCAGCGGGCCAGCCUUUCAGGAACUGUACAACCCAACAAAACACGACUGCUCGGACGUGGGAAUUAACGGUCGAUUAAUGUGCUCUAUGACGCCUGCUUAAUAGCCCGCGAUCGAGCAACAUGAUGCACGCGAACAACUGCACGAUUUCCCGCAGAGCUUGAUUUAAAUGGACAGCCACGGAGGGUCCAUUUGUACGUUUUAAUUUGCAGUCCCGCGCCAGCGUUACACGUAACAGUGGAAGAGAGAAAAUAAAAGCAAAAGAAAAAGAAUUGGACACAGUGAUAUUCACUUAUUAAUCAUCUAAUAGAAACACACUAAUCAGAAUUAAAAAGACGCCAGCGUUAUACGUAACAGUGGAAGAGACAAAAUAAAAACAAAAGAAAAAAAAUCGAACACAGCGACAUCCACUUACCAAUCAUCUAAUAAAAGCACACCAAUCAGAAGUAAAAAGACCAAUUAAAAAUUCCUGUUUGACGAAAGAAAGAUCGAUUCGCGUAUCACAGUUUGGAUGCGAACCUAACCGAAGCCAUUCACGAUCGGGACAAAGUGCAACUAACCACAAAUUAUGACCAAAGCGGAUUCUAAUCGACGGAUGUAGAGCACGCGGCUUCCUUGCUGCACGAGAAAGCUUAAUUCCCCUUCCGGCUCGUCCCCGUAGGGGCUGUCGAUUCCCCCGUGCGAUAUUAAAACUCCAGGGAAUCGAAAUUACGAGCACCGUCGGUAAAACCCGUACAAAUGGAUUCGAGCAAUCGAUAAUGCACGAUUGUAAAUCCUGGCUCGAAGCGAGCCGCGUGUCUGAUGAAUAAUACAAUUCCGCCGGUCGCAUUGGAUCCUCGCCUCUUCAGUCAUCCAGGGAAAAGCUCCUGGAUAGAAUCGUAGAAUCCUUAUCGACUAACGUCGCGACGAAGCCUCUCCUGGUGCUCUCUUUAUCUCUAUCUCUCCCUCCCUCCUUGUCCCACCUCCUCCGGUAGAACCGGGGAGGUCGUGACGCUUCGAUCCGCGUUAACGCUCAAAGACAACAGUGAUUACCACGUUUCUGGCUGGGAUCAAACCGGUUUCGACGAGUGAAAUACCCCAGUGCCACAGUAAUCUCGAUGCUCGAAGAGUGUAGGUCGCGAUUAGUUAUGGUUCUCGAUCGUGGUUUGCAUGCCGCGCGGGGAUAAACUACGACGGAAGAGCAUGACAGUGACGUGGGUGUAUUUGGAUCCAGUUCCCGCGGUAUACUCCGACCACUGCGAGUAACUGAUAAGGAGAUCCGAGGAAGUGUGCUUGAGACUCUUGUUCGUCGGUUUUUCUUUGGUCGGUGGAAGAGGAUAGGUAGCGAGGAAGUGGAAGCGGAAGAGAGCGAUAGCAUGAAGGACCAUCCUGGAAGAUGGUUUCGCGUCGUGCUGCCGUUGAUCACGUUCCUCUUGCGACAGACCGAGUGCGCGGUGAAGAGCAACGGGGGACCGGUGGUGGUGCACCAUCCGUCUUCUUACUGGGAGCAACCCUUUAACCAGCCCUACUUCGACAACACGACGAAGAGGGAGACCACGACGACCGUAGGCCAAACCGCUUUCCUGCACUGCGGGGUGCUCAAUCUUGGUGAUCGUGCUGUGUCAUGGAUUAGACAACGAGAUUUGCACAUUCUCACCGUAGGAAUCUUAACGUACACAAACGACCAGCGUUUCCAGUCGGGGCACAGCGACGGAAGUAACGAAUGGCCCCUGUUGAUUAGGUCACCGCAGGUUCGAGAUAGCGGGGUGUACGAGUGUCAAGUCUCAACCGAACCGAAAAUCAGCCAGGCUUUCAACUUGAGCGUUGUAGUGUCGAAGGCGAAGAUCGACGGUAAUGCGGAGCUGUACAUCAAAAGCGGAAGCGACAUCAAUCUAACCUGCAUCGUACUGCAGACACCUGUUCCGCCGUCCUUCAUUUAUUGGUACAAAGGUGACCACGUGAUAAACUACAGUCAAAGAGGAGGCAUCAGCGUCGUUACCGAGAAAAAAACGCGAAGGUCGCAUCUCCUGAUCUCCAGAGCGCUACCCGAUGAUUCUGGGAAUUACACAUGUGCUCCGUCUACGGCUGAGCCAGCUAGUGUCCUAGUCCACGUACUUAAUGGGGAGCACCCAGCAGCGAUGCAGCACGGGAACUCGAGCAACAGCGGCGCGGCAACGAGGACGCUCGCGCUGCUCCUGCUGCUCCUGCACGCGGGCUCGUUCGCAAGGUGACUGACCGAUCACGAGGCCUUGCAAUAAAAACGCGAUCAAACGUCGUCUCCCCAUCGCGUAAUCGAACAAGGACAGGACGAAAGUAAGAUCGGGAAGGAACCAACAGCGAGGAAGCGACGUCUCCGCCGACAUCACCUCGCGUGCCCCUCAUGUAUCACCUUUGAUCUUUCUUUUAACCGAUCAACGAGGAGAAUCGAGCCAGCAGGUCACCAUCGGAGCUCUCGAGGCACUUCGACCCUGAUGACCACCGGACCUGACUGCUCACGCUUUCCACGGACGUUCCGACGAUUCCAGAUAGUGAAUCGCCUCUCCGAAACUCGAGAAUAGCACAUCCAACAGGUGAUGAGUGUCCUCGGCUUCUUGUUUGUAUCCGUAGGUAUUCCGAGUCGAUCGGAGAGCGACGCUGUGAGGAGAAACUGUUCCGAAGUAACCUUGGGCCUGGUCUCUUUGUUUGCGGCGACAUCUGGCCAGGCUCGCGCGAACUCACACGAACUCGAUUUUGCUUUACGUUCGAAGGAGAGUGGAGGGGAUGAACGAAGACCCCGGGAGACGGGUAUUCGACAACAUGUAAAUGGGUGUUUAGUAUGAGGCAGUUGGACUCGGUGCGAUCCGUGAAAUGUUUAGCGUCUACGAUAAUCAAGGAUCUGCGCGGUUCGUUCUCGUAAUUAACGGGCACACCGGAUGGCUGCCAAUUUGGAUGUGUGCCACGUUUUCAGCUAACGCUCCGGGCUAUUGUUUAGGGAACGAGGAGAGGAGAGGGGAGGAGACGAUCAUGCGCGAUUUGGACCGUCUCACCUCGCCCGAGAGAUUUUCAGGCGCUUUUCGGGAACACGUCGACGGUUGAUCGGACCAAGUGGAGGGGCUCUUUGCUCGAACGAUGCGCGUCGCGACGAAUUGAUCUUUGAAUUCGCGGUGUCGAUCGCGUUCUCGUCAAUGUUUUUUAGAGUCGAAUAACUCGUUGGAGAAACGGGUGGGAUGGUUGCGUUGCUUGCAGACUGUUGACCGUUCACGGUUGAUCGGACCAAACGGAGGAGGCUCUUUACUUGAAAUACAAAUUUUUUGCUGAAGUAGACAGACGGAAUGUUUGGAGGUUAUUAUGUUCAUGACAAGGUAAUGGUAUUUUUGUUUUAGAGAAUUAGCGAGACACUGUUGCAUUGGUGAAAUAUGAGUAUCCUAUCCGGAUGACAUCUGGGGAAUUUUUUUUUGUAAUAAAAUUUUUUCAAAGGUCUUGUGGAUUUUAAAUUGGUAAGACAUGAAUGAAGUGUGCAGUAAUUUUUGUAACUUUAUCUUUACACUUAAUUGUAGCCGAGAAAAAUAUAUUCGGAAUAUGCUUCAUGUCUUAGAUUGGAGUACUUCUACAGUGUUGGUAAAUUGAAACCAUUUCUAUCCUUCGUAAUUGAUUCUAUCUAAACCGUAAUGGACACUCGUGCAACCGUUUAGUCAUUCAUGGACCUGCUUUCUAGUCCACUAGCACAAACCCUUUAAUUUUGGAAAACGAUGCUUCGACUUCACUCGUUUACUCCAUAGAACCAUAGGAUUUUAGGUGGAGAACAAAUUGAUUCCAAGGUGGAUAAAUGAAAUUAUAUAUUGAUCAAUUCAAUGUAUAUUUCGAAAGACUUAGGGUGGUCAGCAUUUAUAUUACAGAAUUUAUUUAGGAUUUUUCUUUUCUUUAAAAGAAAGGUAUUGGUGCUUGAAAGUAUUGUACCAAAAUACUGAAUAUAUACAUUGGUAUUAAUUGUACAGUUUCUUUUGAAGUACUCAUCCCUCGUAUUGAUGAAAUUACAGCUUGAUUAGUUCAAUCUAUACUAUUAAUAAUUUAAGAUGGUCAACAUUUAUAUUAUAGAAUUUAUUUGGAAUUUUUCUUUUUUUUUUUGAAAAAAAAAAUUUUCAUGCUUUAAUGUUUUGUACCAAAAUACUUAAUAUUUACACUGGUACUUAUUUUACAAUUUCUUUUGAAAUACUCAUCCCUCAUAUUAAUUAAAUUAUAGAUCCAAUGUAUACUUUUACAAACUUAAGAUAGUCAACAUUUAUAUUAUAGAAUUUAUUUAGAAUUCUUCUUUUUUUUUUAAAAAAAGAGGUAUUCAUAUUUUAAAGUCUUAUAAUAAAUUUAAACACUCACUAUUUUUACUGAUACUUAUUUCACAAUUUCUAUAUAAGUACACAUCCCUCAAGCCCAAUUUUAAAAAUAAUUCCACGAAAAAGUAAUAAAAAAUAAAAUUUCUCGAGGUGAAACACUAGGUUUACGCAAUUUCUCAGUACCCUCACUUUCCUCGUUUCCUAAAUUUCGCUCCCGAAGAAGGGAGCGAAAUUCUUCUCAUCACCUUUAUAUCUAUUUCCGACCUAAUUUGGAUUAAUUAGAUUCAUAUCCUUGUUUUUUUACACCUAUUUGGUUCUAAAAAUUCCGAAUGCGUAAAAGUGACCGCGUUCCGUUAAACCCGGUGUUAAUAAAGUCGUAGCAACGCGUCUCUAAGUACCAAACGCGAGCGCAAACGCAGUUAGAACCACGCAAUCAUCGCAGCGGUCGGUUGUGGAAACAUUUAUUUCUGAUCCCCCAUUACCGCUUUGAAGUUUGCUCACACGUACGGCGAUGGUAUCGCGAUAAAGGCAGUCUUUCACGAGGGGCUACCUGUUCCGUGACAAUUCCACAUGCAGCCGCAAUAAUUUCAGCCGAUCAAACGACGCACAACGGCACCAGGGGUUAACAGUAUCGUUUGACAGUGACAAAUGGCCGAGCCAACGAAAGGACGAGAGAAAUUAAUAGGCGCUGGUUUAAUACCGCUCCUAUUCGUCGAUUCCGACGACCCCCUCGUGUCGACGAAGCUAAACCGGGCUACGCUCCUCCAGCAAACAAUUCCCCGGUUUAAGAAAAUCCGCGAUCGCGCGGCGAACGCCCACGUCGAUUUUUGCUCGUUUGACGGGCAAAAAUGGACUGCAUUGUGGGUUGUAAUCUCAGGCAGGGGUGGACGAGCCAGAAGAACUUUGGAAACUGAGAAUUGAUGAGCUGCUGGAUUAUGGUGGCUCGCGUUUUUCGCGUUUGCUUCCAUUUUGUUGUGGCUGCACGCGGAUUUGUACGCUUCUCCUCUGCUUAUGACUGCCGGCGAUUUAGCUGCGAUCCUAGGAAUAUGUAUAGUGUUUGGAAACCGGGGGAAGUUCGUACUCCGUUUUUAUCUCGUGAUUCGCUAGAAUUCUCGGUGACGUCACUUUUUAGCGGAGAUCUGAAAAAAUUGGCGAAAUUCGUGGGGUAUUGAAGAUUAUUCAUAUUUGGUCUUUGAGAAUGUUAUUCUUCGAUUGUGUUUAUCAUUGAUUUAAUUCUAGUGUGAACCUAUUUAUUUAUUAAACCUUAGAAGCCUGAUUUUUUGAAAUUAAAUUUAAAACGGAAUGUAUUUAUUAUUUGAACAAUUUUGACAACUGACGUUUAUUUUUUUAACUUGAGUUCAAAAGAACUUUAUAUACAUGGUCAAAUAACAUAAACAAACCAAUUGGAAGUGUACAAUUCGAUUUAAAAGUCCGGUAUCAAAUUUGAAACUUGGGGCAUUUAUGGGUUAAUAACGUAGUUAUGAAUGCAUUUAUUUCAUUUGAAUUUAUAUAUUAUUUUUAGUAUUGCACUCUAGAUUGAUAGAUUUUACUCUUCUUGGUA